AUGAGCGCAAACCAACCAACACCAUUUGGAAAGCCGAUGCUGAAGCAUUGGAUGUUUGAUCCAGCGUACAAAAACCUGAAUCAUGGAUCCUUUGGUGCUCACCCGAUCCCCGUCAGAGACGCACAGCGUGCUUAUAUGGAUCUCGCCGAUAAGCGACCUGAUCCUUACAUCCGCGGGUAUCACGCAGAGUAUCUAGACAAAGCUCGCGAGGCUGUUGCAAAGCUCAUCAACGCCCAAAAGAGCGAGUGUGUAUUCGUCAAGAAUGCAACGACUGGCGUAGCGACGGUUCUGUAUAACCUGGCUUUCCAGCCGGGUGAAGCACUCAUUUACUUCGAGCCUGUCUAUGGCGCCGUGGAAAAGGGUAUUGUCUCGUUGCAAGAACAUGUCUCUUUGCAGGCGCGCAAGGUGUCUUUCCAGUAUCCCAUCUCUGAUGAUGAGCUCGAGCGCCGAUUCCGCGAGGUUAUUCACCAAACUCGUGCCGAGGGCCUCAAGGUCCGUGCUAGCGUUUUCGAUGCCAUUGUCAGCAACCCUGGUGUACGCUUCCCCUUUGAGAGAAUGACCGCUGUCUGUCGCGAAGAAGGUAUUCUGAGCGUUAUCGAUGCGGCGCACGGUAUCGGACAUAUCCAUCUCGAUAUGGAGAAGCUACAGCCUGACUUUUUCGUGUCAAAUUGCCACAAAUGGCUUUACACACCCCGCAGCUGCGCAAUCCUCUACACCCCCGCACGCAACCAACAUUUCCUGCGCACAACCCUGCCCACAUCAUGGGGAUUUAUCCCUCAUCCAGACUCACCCGCAACAAUCGCAUCAGUGCUGCGAGAUCAGAAUGCCGUAAACAAGAAGUCGCCCUACGAGGAGCUGUUCGAGUUUGUCGCUACAAGCGAUGACUCUGCGUACAUUUGCGUGCCGGCGGCGCUGAAAUUCCGCGCUGAAAUCUGCGGUGGCGAAGACGCCAUAAUUGCCUACUGCCAGCGCAUUUCAAAUGAAGGUGCAGAUGCUGUUGCGGCUGUUCUUGGUACUGAGGUUAUGCAAGAGCCUGGGCUCGAGCCUGGCCAGGAGAGCCGCAUGCGACAGUGUGCUCUGACUAAUGUUCGAUUGCCUAUUGCCGUUGCUUCUGAGGACGGAACGGAUUCCUUUGAUCAUACUCCUUUGGUUGUAUUGUCACAGGAAGAUGCUCCUCGGGCAUUUUCUUGGAUUCAGAAGAAGCUUAUGGAUGACCACCACACUUUCCUGCCUGUCUUCCGCCACGGUUCGUGGUUAUGGACUCGCUUGAGUGGACAGACCUACUUGGAGAAGAGUGAUUUCGAAUCUGUUGCUAAUGUUUUGCGUGAUCUCUGUGAACGGGUCGCGAAGAAAGAGUUCAAGGCCUAA